UUAAAAGUCACAAUUUGGUGCCGUCGCGCGUUCAGUUCACCGCGGGUUAUUCUCUCUUCGCUUUGUGGAUUGUAUUUUUGGCUGUUUUCCGCCCGACAACAAAAAAAACCAAACACUAUAUAGUUCGAUAGUAAACCCUGGAGCAACACGUUUCAAAAUACACAACUACUACUCACUACAACUGUCACAGCCAAGUUACAAAAGUGCUAAAUCCCAGAAAUAAACCAAAAGCCGACUAAAAACCGCGCAAAUACAUCAAAAAUCUUCUCCAAAGCAGAAACAAAAACUUGUGAAAAACUAGAAGUAAAAAAAAAAGAUUUACAAAAAAACAGCCAGUGCAAAAUAAACGGGAAGAAUUUUUUUUUGUGUCCCUUUUUUUGGUGUUUUUUCUCCGUCUUUCCCCCUUCUUUGACGCAAAAACAAAAGUGCGCAACAACACUUACAGGCGGCGGGAACGGGAUAGAAAUAGAUAUAGCCGACACCGACUGGAAAGCAAAGGAAGCUAACCAAAUUGGAUUACAAUCAAUUGAAUAGAGACGGAUACGAAAACUAUGUUCAGCGAGACAGCGGACAUAUAACUCAGGAACUAAGAUAUAAAAAAACCCAGACAAAACUUAACGCAAUGGCUCUUCAUCCCUACUCUCUAAUGGAGGACCAAUUUUUUUCAAAUAUUUCAAUAUUCGAUAUGGAUAAUGAUCUGUACGAUAUGGACAAACUCCUGUCGUCGUCCACCAUCCAGAGUGAUCUGGAGAAGAUCGGGGACAUGGAUGGUGCAUUUCAGGACUACGACUUUGAGGAGGAUAUGAAGCCAGAGAUCCGGAACAUCGACUGCAUGUGGCCGGCAAUGGCCAGUUGUUUGACCAGCGGAAAUUCCAAUGCAAUGGAAACCGGAAACAACAGUGCAGCCUCGUCGUACAGCGAAACUAGUGCCGUAUCCCUGGCUCUGGUUUCCGGCUCUACGAAUCUCUACAGCGCGUAUCAACGAUCGCAGACGACAGAUAACACUAGCACCCAGUCAAAUCAACAGCAGGUCGCUGGUAAUCCCGAUAGCUUGCCGGUGAUCAUCAAGAAGGAGCUCGCGGAUGUGGACUACAUGAUGGUCAGCCAGAAGCGCCUGCGUUUGAGUAGCGGCGACAAGAAGUCACAGAUCCAGGACGAGGUCCAUUUGAUACCGCCCGGCGGAAGUCUGCUCCGCAAGCGGAACAACAACCAGACACUGGACACCCGCAAAGCGGGCGAGGUGAGCGGCGAUAGCAUCAAAUACUUGAGACCCGACACACCACACAGUCUCACCGACGAGGUGACCGCACCAGAGUUCAGACAUACCGUCGACUUGCGUGCCUGCGUGAUGGGCAGCAACAACAUCUCGCUGACCAGCGACGAUAGCGAUGUCAACUACAUUAAGCAAAUCAGCAGGGAUCUUCAGAAUGCCGGCAAGGAUCCGUUGCCCGUGCGCUACAUACCGCCGAUCAACGAUGUCCUCGAUGUGCUCACCCAGCAUUCCAAUUCAACGGGUGGCCAGCAGCAGAUGAAUCAACAGCAAAUGGACGAGCAACAGCAGGCCAUCGAUAUAGCCACUGGAUGCAGCACAGUGGACUCUCCGGCGGCUACCGGCUCCGAUAGUGACUCCGAUGACGGUGAAUCCAUCAACUUUGGACUGCGGCACCACCGCAACAGCAAGAGCAGCAGCAGCACCAACAAUAACAACAGCAGCAACGGCAUGAUGCACAUCACCGAUCAUAGCUACACACGCUGCAAGGAUAUGGUGGAUGAUGGGCCAAAUCAUCUGGAGACCCCCUCGGAUUCCGAUGAGGAAAUCGAUGUGGUAUCGUAUACGGACAAGAAGCUGCCCACAAAUCCCUCGUGCCACGUGAUGGGCGCCCUACAGUCCCAGAUGGCGCACAAGAUCUCGAUUGAUCACAUGAAGCAAAAGCCGCGCUACGACAACUUCAAUCUGCCGUACACGCCGGCCAGCAGCAGUCCGGUGAAGUCGGUGGCCAACUCGCGCUAUCCGUCGCCCUCGAGCACACCGUACCAGAACAGCUCAGCCGCCUCGCCGUCCUACUCCCCGCUAUCCGUGGACUCAUCAAAUGUCAGCUCAAGCAGCUCCAGUUCCAGUUCACAGUCAAGCUUCACCACCUCCAGUUCCAACAAGGGACGCAAGCGAUCCUGCCUGAAGGCUCCUGGAGGUUUGUUGAUCUCCCCCAGCGUUUAUCUGCCGGGAGGCAAUAACAAAGUGACGCAUAGCUGCAUGAUGAGCAAAAAGAGUCGCGGCAAGAAGGUGGUGGGCUCCUCGGCCUCAUCGUCUGGCAACACAUCUCCGAUUUCGUCUGGUCAGGAUGUGGACCCAAUGGAUCGUAAUUGGCAGCGACGCAGCGGUGGAAUUGCCGCCAGCAGCGCGAGCUCCAGCAGCAAUGUCCUCCGGAAGGACUUUGUUUUGGGUCUGGACGAGGCGGAUACGAUCGAAAAGCGCAAUCAGCACAAUGAUAUGGAGCGCCAGCGCCGCAUUGGCCUGAAGAACCUCUUCGAGGCUCUAAAGAAACAGAUUCCCACGAUCAGGGACAAGGAGCGGGCUCCUAAGGUCAAUAUCCUGCGUGAGGCGGCCAAGCUAUGCACCCAGCUAACCCAGGAGGAGCACGAGCUCAGUCUGCAGCGCCAGGUCUUGGCCAUGCAGCUCAAGCAACAGCAGGAGAUCCUGGCCCGUUACAGGCUGGAAAUGAACGAGUCGCACUCGGUUAGCGGAUAGUGUUGUCUCAUAGCAUCAGCUUAAAGCGGCGGCGUAGAGCUAGGACACCCACAACCCAUUGUAUAUACAGGAUCUGUAUACCCUCCUAUUUUUUGCGAUUUACUUUUGAUUUAGAUUCGAUUCUUUCUUGACAUUUAGCCUUAAAUAUGAUUUUUUUUUGUGAAGAACUUCAAUAUCAGUUAGUAGGUUAUGUUUAACGAUUUGCUUGCAUUUUUUAUAUAUAUUUUUUUUUUGUUUACCAUACAAGGGGUUAUAGUGUACAAGUGAUUUAACAAAUUUGAUUUCUUCAAUGUGAUAUAUAUGAUUUUCUUUCCGCGCGAUUUGAUUUGGUAGGGAAGUCAACGAAAACUGUUAUGAAAUCAAGUUGAAGUGUUUUUUUUUCGCUGCAUAUAUUACAAUAUACACGUAUGAUUAGAUUUAACUAGCAAUUAGCGGUCUGUAUAUAACAUAUGAUAUAUAUUAUCUUAGUUAUUUUUUUGAAUUAGUUACUUAACCAUGAAGUAAACAAAAAGGAAAACAUUUAAAAAACACAAAAAAUAAGGACAAAGAACCAAACAUUGAAAAGUGAAAGGAAAAGUUAGAAUGAGAGAAUGAGCGGAGAGACACAAACAAACUGAAGGGAAACACAAAAACGGAAACGGAAAACAGACAAAAGUUACAACGAAAGAGCCACAAAGAGGAGAUAGAUAGAGCACACAAAGUCGGAAGCGAGAACGAUGAGAUAUAUAUAUAUAUAUGUAUCUAUAUAUAUAUAUAUAAAUUAGUAUAGCUUAAAGUAGAACUUUUGGUUUCGUACCCCAAAAGCAAAAUGCGAAAUGAGACGGCUUCAAAAAGUUCCAAACUUCUUGACGAAGCAACACGGAACACUUUAUUUCGACCUUGGUUCGCUAGUUUACCUAGAAAUAACCUAUUAACCAAUGGACAUGUUUUUUUUGGGUCCUAUAUUCAUAGAGACGCAUCCUUGGAGCAGAAAAGAAACCCAAUUGUAUCUGCAUGCAUACACACCUCAAUGCUUUUGCUUAGAACCCCAGAUAUCCCCUGCUAUAACCCAUAUAUAUAUAUAUAUAUAUAUUUAUACAUAUAUGUAUAUGGAUUAGAAAUAUAUAUAUAUAUAUACAUCUGUUGGACGACGCGGAGAUGAAAGAGAAACGCUUUUUAUAUACACCCCAAAACAAAAAACUUGAACUCUACUGCCUAUAUUGAGAAAAUACAUUUUAUUUGCUAUGAAGAUUCAAAUAUGAAUAUAGUUAUAUACACGUGUGUAUAUAUAGGAACCUUUUUACAAUCAUAUUAUAGUUUUUUUUUUUGCUACACGUAGGCAUAUAUAUAUAUAUAUAUUUUUUAACUGAUAACUAUGCAUAUGAAAUGCACGAAACUUAACGAAAACAAAACGGAAUUAAGGAAACUUUAAACUAUAUAAUAGUACUAAGCCUAAACGUUAACCUCUCGAGAUAUAUAGAUAGAUAGGAAGAGAGAGAGAGAGAGGACGAAAGAGUGGAGAAAUUGGCUGCAAAGUUUGUGAUUGGAGUUAGAGAGACCCAGAGAGAUAUAUACACCCACGACCCAAGACCCAAGAAAACUCAAACUUUUGUGAGCUGUUUAACUGUCGAUUUUUUGCUAAUAAGUUAUAGCCUUCCGGCAAUAUGUUAUAUAUGAUUAACGAUUCUACCAAUUGUUUACACGCAUCUAAGGAUCAACUAAAUAACUACUACUAAACUAAAGGACAUGAAGCAUAAGGCAAAUGCAAAUUCAAAUGCAAAUGAAGUUAAAAGAGCAUGCGAAAUAUGUAGGAAAACACGAACGGGAUUCUAAAGAAAUGUCAACUGUUAUUUAGGUUUAGACACAAACACCCAUGAUAUAUAUGGAUAUUCGAUUAAUAUAUAUGAUGACCAGAAUUUGAAUGAGAUCGGAGGAGGUUAUAUACAUACAUAUACAUAUAUAACGCGAAAAUUUCUAUAGUGUAGGGCGACGUUUCAAGAAAUUUUGUAUGUGAGUUCUAGGCUAUACCUACUAUAACUAUACCCAGAUUUAUAUAUACAUUUCUUAUAUUUUUGUUUACUACUAGCUUAACGUUCGAACACAUGAAAUAUUUUUUACCUUAUACUUUUCUUUAAUUACGCCGCCGCAAAAACUUUGAAAACUACCUACUUAACUUCUUAUUUUUGGAAUAUAAAAACUACUAUAAAACAAUUGUUAAAUGGAAAAAACAAAAAAAAUGAUAUAUUACUACGUGGACAAACAAUUAAAGAGUAUAUUUUUUGUAUUGUUUCGACCAAAAAAUGUGUACACACUGUAAAUAGCAAUCUCGUUAAAUAAUAGUUACACACGCCUACAAAAUAGCGAACCCAAACCCAAGAAAUGGAAUUAUUUUUAUAGAAAACACAAAACACAAAAAACCCGGAGAGAAAACACAAAGCAAUAGACUUAAGCGAAUUGUACAACGCGAAACGAAAACAAAACUUCAAUAAACCAACAAAAACACA